AUGGGUUCUUUUGAAUUUAUCUCUGUAUUCAUUAUGGUCCUACUUUUCCCAUCAUCUCAUCCCAAAGCCAAAGGUGUCGCUUCAGAUUCUGCUAGUGAGGCGGCUGAAUACAGCAUAAAAGGUAGCCUUUAUGACUACCCAUUUUCAUCCCUCCCAAAUCUUGAAUAUCUUGAACUUAGCCUGAAUCAGAUCUUUGGCAGCAUACCUCGUGAAAUAGGUAACCUGUCCAAGCUCAUUUAUCUUGAUUUCUCAGUUAAUGAGUUGUCACAAGAAAUCCCACCUGAAAUUUGCAACUUGAGAAACUUGACUCAUUUAGCUCUCGGAAGUAAUCAAUUUUCAGGUCCAAUUCCAUCAGGAAUUGGAACUCUGCAUAAUCUGAUUGAACUUUAUCUGGACAACAACACUUUGAUAGGUUCAAUUCCAGCCACUUUUGGUAACCUCACUAGGCUAGUUAACUUAUACCUUUUCCAUAAUCUCCUAUCUGGUCCCAUUCCUCCUACGAUCAGGAAUAUGAUCUCACUUCAGUUUCUUAUUUUGUCUCAAAAUAAUCUUUCUGGUGGAAUCCCAAAUUCUCUUGGAACUUUAUCCAAUUUGAUUGGUCUAAUUCUCUAUGACAAUCAACUUUCAGGUCCAGUGAUCUAA